AUUUUGCAUUAUUAUUGUAUUUAUUGAUAUGAUUUGAUAAAUAUAAAUAUCAUUUCAUUUCAAUUAGUGUUUGUUUUGUAAAUAAUAGUCAAAUGAAUAAGAUUUACGAGAAGAGACUUUUACGGACUUUAAGUCCACUGAACCAGCAGUGCCAAGGUGACACCACUAACAUCACCAACUCAUCCACACCCACACCCUCCACACCAUUCAAUUCGCCAAUACACAGGAGUGGUAUGGAGUCAGUGGUGAACAGCACCGAGAGGUACAGCGAUCGGUACACUCCUAUCCGCGAGUCACCCAAUUGGGACAUCAGGUUCACAAUGAUCCAGGUCUGU